CGCUGCUUUGCUGACUAUCUCUAACGACAAUUCGCAGAUCUCCAGGUUGGGCUAUCGUCGGCUUUUCAUUUGACUUCUAAACUUGCCCGUGGUGAGUCAACUUUGUGUUUGCCGUUGACAAAUCACUCUUUUGCAUAUACACAAAGUGAAAAAUAACAAUGUCCACACCCAAAUCCGUUCUUCAUGGUGGCUACCACACGGCUGUGAGCCGGUCCUGGCAGGCCGAGCGCAACCUUAACAAAGAAAUGCUCAUGUACCCCAUCUUCAUUACCGACGAUCCGAAUGCUUUGGACCCCAUUAAUUCGUUGCCUGACCAAUACCGCAUUGGCGUUGAUCGUCUUAAAGCAUUUAUCGAGCCACUGUACCGCAAGGGUCUUCGAUCCGUCAUGUUGUUUGGUGUGCCUCUCGCUGACGGUGUCAAAGACUCUACUGGCUCUAGAGCUGACGACCCUACCGGCCCUACGAUCCUAGCUGUGAAGCUUCUGCGAAGCGAGUUCCCAGACCUGUUUGUUGCCUGUGAUGUCUGCUUGUGCGAAUACACUUCCCAUGGCCACUGUGGUGUCUUGCGCGAGGACGGUACAUUGAACAACGACUUGAGCAUUGAACGUUUGGCUAAUGUGGCCGUGGCGUAUGCCCAAGCAGGCGCCCAAUGCGUCGCCCCCUCGGACAUGAUGGAUGGCCGUAUUGAGGCUAUCAAGAAGGGUUUGAUGAAGGCCGGGUUAGCGCACAAGACUAUGUUGAUCUCGUAUGCUGCCAAGUUCGCAGGCACAUUCUAUGGCCCAUUCCGAGAAGCUGCCAAUUCCGCUCCAGCCUUUGGUGAUCGUCGAUGCUAUCAGCUGCCACCUAACGCGCGUGGUUUAGCAAUGCGCGCAAUCAAGAGAGAUAUGGAGGAAGGCGCAGACAUGAUCAUGGUCAAGCCCGGUUUGCCGUACUUGGAUAUUGUACGUGAAGCGGCAGAUACGGCCAAGGAUUAUCCUAUUGCUGUGUACCAGGUCUCGGGUGAAUAUUCUAUGCUGUACCAUGCAUCCAAGGCCGGUGUGUUUGAACUCAAGACUGUUGUGUUGGAGUCCAUGACGGGCUUCUUGCGUGCAGGCGCAACAUUGAUUCUUACCUAUUAUACCCCCCAUCUGUUGACUUGGCUGGAUGAACAGUAAAAAGCAAGCAUAAGCUACUAUUGGAAUAUGUCAGAAACAAAAAACACAAUAAACCGGCUAAAUUGUUGGAUCUUCG